AAAGUUUGGUGGGUCAUUGUCAAAAAUGUAGACUGCUAUGGCUGCCAUGAUCUGUUUGGCUGCUGAGAAAAAAACGUAGGAAAAGAGUAAAAAGAAAAGAGGAAAAUAAAAGACCCACAUGUUAUUAAAGUCUUGGUCUUAACUGGGGCCACAAAUUGGUUCGAAGAUAAAGCUUUAGACUGGAAUUUACUGAAUCAUUUUUCUCGGAAAUUGAAGUGAAAGGAAAAGGGUGGCUUUUUUUUCUUUUGUUUUCCACGUCUAUUCUAUUAUUUUCAUUCGGUGUUGUCUGCUACCAAUCAAUCAGAAUGUUAUAAAUUCCUAUAAGUUAUCGUGGUGGCCCUGCUUUGGCCAACAAUAUAUACACGGAAUUAUAGUCUCUUUUUUUUUUCUUUCUUUUUUUUUUCAAUGUUCUUUCUUUUGGAAUAUUCUCUACAGUAGUAUCUGUUUCACAUUGAUCAAAGUCAAAGUUUUAAACAUUUAAGAGACAUGGAUAACAGUGGUAGUGGAUCAUUCAUGAGGAAUAGGAGGUUGGAAAGCUUCCUCAACACAAGCUCUUCUCCAACUUAUAGAGAAAAACCAAAAGUUUCGGUGAAAGAAGAAGCAGCUCAGAAACCAAAAGCCGAUGUUUAUCAGGACGACGACGACGAUGAUGGAUGGGUUUUAGCUUUGAUAUCUUGUAUCAGAAUUGUCACUUGUUUCUUGACAAUGAUGGUUACAACUUUCAUAUGGGCAUUGAUUAUGCUUGUUCUCCUACCAUGGCCUUAUGAGAGGAUUAGGCAGGGAAAUAUUUAUGGGCAUGUCACUGGUAGAUUGUUGAUGUGGAUCCUUGGGAAUCCUAGAAAGAUUGAAGGUUCUGAAUUCUCUAAUAAGAGGGCAAUUUAUAUCUGCAACCAUGCUUCUCCUCUAGAUAUUUUUCUUAUAAUGUGGUUGACUCCAACAGGCACUGUUGGCAUUGCAAAAAAAGAGAUCAUGUGGUAUCCCCUUUUUGGGCAACUUUACAUUUUGGCCAACCAUCUUCGUAUAGAUCGCUCCAACCCGACUGCAGCCAUUCAAUCCUUGAAAGAGGCAGCUGAUGCAGUUGUGAGAAACAACCUUUCUUUGAUAAUAUUUCCGGAGGGCACCAGGUCAAGAAAUGGACGAUUACUUCCCUUCAAAAAGGGUUUUGUUCAUUUGGCACUGCAAUCAGGCCUGCCAAUAGUUCCAAUGGUCUUUACAGGCACCCACCUAGCAUGGAGGAAGGGCAGCUCACAUGUUCGACCUGCACCUUUAACUGUCAGAUAUCUCGAUCCCAUAAUCACUGAUGAUUGGACAGCUGACAAGAUCGACGAGUAUGUUAAAAUGGUACAUAAUUUAUAUGUAAAACACCUGCCUGAGUCACAGAGGCCUCCUGAAUCUUGAUUAUGAGUUUGAAGGUCCUAGAAAGAGUUCUUAGUCAUAGUUGAGGUAACUCUCAUAUGUAAUUAUCUAAUUCUUGGAACAAAGCCCCUACUUAUUGCAUAUGUAGCAGGUUUACUAAUUAAUGUAAUUAGAAUGUUGAUUUCCUUAAAUAUCCAAGCUUUGCUAGCUUAAUCAAGUCUUUUUCCAUAUGAACUAGGCUCUUAAUCCUGUAUGUAUAGUUUGAUUAUCUUUCACACGUUGAUCUUGUAUAAAUUUCAAUCAUUCGAAAUAGCAAAUAUAUAUACAUAUAUAUAAUA